AUGCCAGGUACCGUUCGUCACGGAGAAUCCGUAGAAGUCGCCAUCAUCGGCGGCGGUAUUGUUGGCAUUGUCCUGGCUGUAGGUCUCUUGCGCCAAAAUGUUAAAGUUCGCGUCUUCGAGCAAGCCCAGGGAUUCCGCGAGAUAGGCGCUGGUAUUGCAUUUACCGCAAAUGCUAUCCGGUGCAUGGAACAGAUCGAUCCCGCUAUCGUGACGGCGCUGAGACUGAGCGGAUCGGUGGCCACCUCCAAUGGUGAUGAGAAGGAGCCGAAUGACUAUCUACGAUGGAUCGAUGGUUACAAUCAACACCGCGAGGACGACCCUUACUACCAGCGCAUGCUGUACAAAAUAGACGCGGGGUAUCGAGGGUUCGAAGGGUGCCGUCGAGACCAAUUCCUGGAAGCCCUGGUCAAGGUCGUGCCGCCAGAGGUGAUCGAAUGCAGGAAGCGUGUGCAGAGGAUCGAAGAGCGGAGUCUGGAGGAGAAAAUUACCCUUACCUUUGUGGAUGGAACAAGGGCACAAACAGAUGCUGUGAUCGGAUGUGACGGUAUCAAAUCUCGAGUGCGAGAAAUAAUACUGGGAGAAGGAAACCCAGCGUCCUAUCCUCACUAUACCCACAAAGUUGCCUAUCGGACGCUGAUUCCCAUGGAAGACGCGAUUAAGGCACUCGGUGACUACAAGGCAAAGAACCAGCACAACCACGUUGGGCCCAAUGCCCAUCUCAUCCACUAUCCGGUCGCGAAUAAGAAUAUGAUCAACGCGACUGCGUUCGUCUCCGACCCCAAUGAAUGGCCUGAAGAGAAGCAAAUGGUUGCGCCAGGUUCGCGGGAGGAUAUCGAGUCGGCGUUCGCGGGGUGGAGCCCCUGUGUUCGCAACGUUGUCAGCCUCUUCCCCGAGAAACUGGACAAGUGGGCAGUCUUUGACCUGUGGGAUUAUCCCGCUCCUUUCUAUAACCGGGGCAAGAUCUGUCUUGCGGGAGACGCUGCACAUGCGUCGAGUCCUCAUCAUGGCGCGGGAGCCUGCGUCGGUAUUGAGGAUGCCCUGUGCCUUUCCACUCUGUUGAGGCAAGUGAACACGUCUGUACAGGAGAACGGGAUUUCAAAGGGAAAAGCGCUUCGUGCAGCAUUUGAGACGUUCAAUGCCGUCAGACGCACUCGAAGCCAAUGGCUAGUCAAUAGUAGUCGAAGGGCCUGUGACUUUUAUCAUCAGCCAGAGUGGGCGGAUCCAGCAAAAUGGGUCAAGGCCGAGACUUGUUUCGAAGAGCUCAAGGAUCGAUCUUACAAGAUUUGGCAUUUUGAUUACAAUGGAAUGAUCAAGGAAACAAUCAAGGGGUACGCUGAGCGAGAGGCAGAUCUCGUAUAG